AUGUCUGGCAAGCGAGACGAUAUGGAUUACUACGACAACAACCAUCGCGGUGGAGAGGGAGAGGAGCAAGUGCAGUCGUAUAUGUCCAACGUUGAGCCGAUGACAGGCGACAAGCGCCAACGCGAUGAUGGGGGUGAUCACAAACCUCUACCUCAUCCCAACUCACGAACGAACAGUGGAACGGCGAACCAGAUGAACGGCACCUACUCGCAGGGUGUGGGCGGAGGAGCGCAGAACAUCGCUGCGCAGACCUUGGGCGGCUAUGACUCGCUCUACAUUGGAGAUCUACAAUGGUGGACAACGGACGAAGAUCUGCGACAAGUCGCGCUUAACUGUGGCGUCAACAUUGACCACAAAGAUAUCACCUUUUCCGAACACAAGGUCAACGGCAAGAGCAAAGGUAUCGCAUACAUUGAAUGCCAUGAUCCUCAAAGCGCCGUAAUUCUGAAGGAUUGGUUCGACAACAACGACUUCCAGAAUCGUCGAGCGGCGGCUACUCUUACUAGUUCAUCACAAGGAAAUCCAUUCCGAACGCUACCAAAAGAACCUCCACCGCGCGAAACACGGCCUCAGACAGCCAACAAUCCUGCGCUUGGUGGAGGUCGUGGUGGUGGUGGUGGUUUCCGUGGUGGUGCUAACCAAGGCAUGGGCAACAUAGGCCGCGGUGGAGGGUUGAUGACCGGCGGUAUGAUGGGAGGUAUGGGUAUGGGCAACAUGGGAAUGGGAAUGGGCAUGGGGGCCAUGGGGAUGCCAAUGAACAUGGGCAUGGGUAUGGGAGGCGGCUUUAUGGGCGGCCGUGGACGCGGGGGCAUGAUCCCGCAAGGACCUCGUGGAGGCGGUAUGAUGGGGCGCGGCGGCGUGAUGGGCGGCGGCGGAAUGGGUACGAGCUUCUAG